AUGGCUAGACCCUUUGAGUUGGUGAAGAACAUUAACAAUACGAAGGAGCUUUGGAAAGUUGAUGUUCUUAUACAUCACAAAUGGACCGUUCUCAAUAAGAACAAGGAACAUUUUGAGUUGGUUGUCGUUGAUAAAGAUGGUUGUGACAUCCAUGUCAACGUUCCACAUCCUUUUAAACAGGCUUAUGAUUCACUUUUAACCAUUGGCAACACUUAUACAAUCUCAAACUUCCAAGUCUCUCUUAAUGAUAUGCUUUUCAAGCCUUCAGAUCAUAAAUUUAUAUUGACAUUUACUGGUGGUACAUCUGUUACCGACAAGAAUAAACAUCAAAUUCCUGCAAAGCCACUUAAAUUCACUUCUUUCACUGAUAUUAUGUCUGGGAAUUGGAAAAAGGAUGUUCUAAUAGAAAUUGGCUACACCCAACUACAACAGGGGGGCAAGAAACAACAGAUCAAUCUAUCGUUGAAAUAUUUGUCGGACAACGUUUUGAAUUGCACUUUGUGGGAAGGAUAUGCAAUGCAGUUCCAUGAAUUCAGUAAAAAUAGAAAGGACACAACUCCCCUCAUUAUUGUUUUGCAAUAUGCAAAAGUCAAGGAAGAAGGAAAGUAUCCAUUAUGUGUUUCUAACACCUUCAACGUUACAAAGUUGAUUCUCAAUGAUGACUUUCCUCAGAUUAAAGAAUUUAUUGAAAGCCUACCAAAAAUCAGUGAGGCUGAAUCUUCAAGUCAGGCUUUGAGCCUGCAGUCCCAGACACUGUCUCAAUACUCAACUUCUUCUCAACACACUCUUUAUGAUAAACUAAUGUAUAAAGCAACCGUACUUCCUUUGGUUGAAAUUGUAAAACUCAAGGAGUUAGCUCAAUGUGUUACCGUUGCGACAAUAACCAAACUCAAGGCUGCUCAAGGUGGAUGGUAUUACCAAGCAUGUCAUCAGUGUCCUAGGGUUGCUAAAGGGAAUGAACCACCCUAUGAAUUUUUUAAUUCUGGAACAAAAUCAUCAUUUGUAAUAUGGGACCGUGAAGCUUUUCAACUUUUGAAGGUCACUGCUGCUCAGAUGCGCACUAAUUUACUUGAGGCUGGUAUUACCGACCCUCUUGAGUUCCCAGUGGCGCUUGAUGCUUUAGUUGGAAUGACCAUGGUUUUCAAGGUCAAAUGGCAACCUGAUUGGGAAAAUGCGUCUGUUAUGUCUAUAUUUGAAGAUGACAUUGUAAAAAAGGAUAUACUGCGUUCAUUUGGACAGGAAUUGCCUAAUUCCCAGAACAUGCUAACUCCUAAUGUAACACAGAACAAUGAGAGUGUUGCUGAGGCUUCACAUUUGGAUGAUUGGGACAUCAUUCCGGAAACUGAUAUUACAUCUGAUGCAUUGCCGGACCCUGUUACACCAACUUCAGCUGCUAAACGGAUUGCUCCACAUGAAUCACAUGACAUUACUCCUUUAUCUCAGACGUCUGAAGUACAACAGUCUUCCACAAAGAUGAAAAAGCAUAUCAAACUGGAGAAUUAG